GAAACAAGAGAAAAAGAUUACACCAUUUAUCUCAAAGUCAACACUAAUCAGGAGAGUAUACAAAAAUUUUGUUAAUUACAACAAGCAGUUUUUUAACUUUUGGUGAAGCGGAGAAGAAAAAUUUAAUAAAAUUAAAUGGAUAAGUUGGGACAAUCUUUACAAAUCCAAAAUGAAUGAAUGGUGGGCUUGGCUUAAAAAAUGGGGAGGCUUUUAAUCUUGCUCUUUUUGCAAGCUUGCAUGGCGGAUGGAAAGAGGAGAUCUUUCGACAAAAUAGGUUGCUCCAUCCUUCUUCAUCUCCUCCUCCCCCUCCAUUUGAGGUGUGGAAAGCGCCUGAUAUGGACUGCCUCAAACUCAAUUUUGAUGCUGCCUUCAAUUCCAUUACGAAAUCUUGCGGCGGCGGUUUGAUUCUACGCAACCAUCUUGGUCUCCCCGUCAAGAUCGCCUGUGUCUUUCUUGAGAAUGUCAGUUGUCCUACCAUGGCUGAAGGCCUUAUGCUCCGGGAGUCUUUGCUUCUUCUUAAAAAUUGGGGGUACAACAAUGUGAUAGUGGAAGGUGACAGUCAGUCCGUUAUGCAAUUGAAGCCUACUGAUAGUUAUUUAUAAUGAUGUUUUAUCUCUUCUUCAUUGUGUUGGCUCUUCCCUUUCAUGGGGUCCACGGAAAGGAAAUAUUGUUGCUUAUCUGUUAAGUAAGAAGGCUCUUAAAGCCGAAUGUGAUGAUUUAGAGUGGAGCAUUAGGCACCCGUGAUCGUUAAAUACUCUUCUCCCUGAUUGUAUUUUUCCUUGUUCUUGGGUGUUAUGUUACUUGGUGUUAAAAAAAAUAAUAAUAAAUAAUAACCAUAGGCCAGUGCGAAAAACAAUUUAUAA